AUGAAGAAGAUGCACACUCUCCUCAUCCAAUCACGCAGAGGAUGCGAGGAGCAAGGUGCUACACUUAUGCAUUGGUCGAAAUCGGCUUUCUUUCCGCACCACCAACGCGCGCACUUACAGGAUUCGGAACCUAGAGCAAUAACAAAGACAAUGUCGCUCCUAAGCCUUCCGCCGGAGAUUAUAGAACACGUCCUCGUCGAAGCGGUGAUCGCCGGACACCCCAACUCUGUUGCUGCCGUCUCGUCCUGCUGCCGUUUCUUGCACAGUUUGGUGAACGAGAUAUGGCGGGAGCUCUUCCUCUGUCUGUUUGACGAUCCACGCACCCUCCAAGCAAUCAAGGACUCCGCCGGUCAAUCCACACCGGCCAACUCCACCCGAGCGAACCCAUUCGAUUGGACCACAUUCACCGCCCGUAUCGGUGCUGCUAAUAGUCUCAGGAGGGGCAAUGCAGGUGCAGACUUCAGGGCUUUCAUCGAUACUGUACACACUGCGGCGCCGAGUUCUCCUGUCCGGUCCGACCCCACUCCGCGUCGCUCCGUCGUCUUACCCCCCAUCCUUCGUACUCUCACUGACAGUCCCAAAUCGAAGAGUCUGGUCUGGAUUGAGGAGAUCCUGUCGGAAGGUCUGCCGGCGCCGCUCAUCUAUCGGCUCUUCAAUCUGUUCAAUUCCGACGGAUCAGAGUUCUCACGACCCGACUUCGAAGACACCGCACAGGGAAAGGCGUUCAGCAAGCUAACGUUCCUUGCGGGUUUGCACUUCUCUGACGACGAGGCCGCCUCUUCUGCAAGAAGCAUGGCCCGGAGCCGUAUCUACAACACGAAAUACCUGAUGUCAGAGAGAUGCUGGGGGCCCUUCGAACCGAUUGACCGCUCGCCAGACGCCUACUCCUGGCGGUUGCGGAUGACGGGCACCAACUCAAAUAUAAAGUCGAGCCGAGUCGCAUCUAACGAAAAGCAGCCGGCUUCCGAGACGUCAUCUCGGAACAUAGCCCAUCCCUCGUCGAUUGUGAUAGGGCCCGAUUUCUACACGGACGAUGGUUCUGACUACGAGCCCGAUUCCAACGCUUCAGACGAACAAUCUGACGACUCGGACUCUGAUGAUGUGAUGGCCACCCCGCAUUUUCUGCAGUUUCUGUCCAGCCAUGGCAUUGAUUUCACGGACGUGCGGACGCACCCAACAUACGUGUUUCCUGCGCCACACCGGGUAGUGCCCGACUACGCAUUCCUUGCGGCGGCGCGUUAUCUGAUGGAAUGCAACAUGCGGGAACGCUUCGAGGCUGAAUUCGAGUACUAUCGCGAUCUCUCUGCAGCCAGCGAGGCUGCAAAAGAAGUCGGUCUUGAGCCUUGCGAAGUUGUCGAUGCUAUGCAGUCGUUGGACCUGACAAGGAUGGGCGGGGCUCCCGGCUUUUGGGAUGUUUGGCGUCCAGAGAACGACGAGGAACAUGUUCUUGAGCAGCUUUCGCCUGUGGACCAACAGCAACACGCACCUGUAGACAAGGGCAAGGGAAAGGCUAGUGCUGCGGAGGUCGUCGAGGGAUGGGACUGGGCUGGAGUAGAGGGUGAAUGGAGACGUGUCGUUUGCUGGCUUGACUACCGGGAUCUCCUGAUGCACAACGUCGACCUAUCGCAUGCCGGAUUCGCCAGCUCUUCUGCAGAGGACGUGCAAGAAACCAUUAGAAUCUUUCCGACUUCGCUGCGAGUCUCCCACUACUCGAAGCCACCCAAGCCGCCUCCCGGCUCGAAUCCAAAUGACCUCAUAUGGCGUCUACCGAUAAUUCACAUUAUCGGCGAGUCGUGGGGCACCGACACCGAAGAGGCCAGCCGCCGCAGCGUCGAAGGGACUGUCAGGAUGAUCGGUGAUGGGUGUGUACGCUGGAGCAUGGUCUCCAGCGAAGCCGCGGGUGCAGACCCAGAGUGGGCCACCGAAUCGGUCCAGGUAGGGGAGAUCGGAAGUGCUGCUGGCAUCAUCGGGCUCUGGACAGGAGCUGAGCACACAAGCACAGACCCGCUGGGUAUGACCCAGUCCUUGUUGGGCCUGGAAAAUUGCCUGACGACGUCUAAACGGUAAUAGCUCACAUGUAAUAAGUAUAUUUAGAAGUUGUAAAUCAGUAUCUCGGGAAUCAUACAGUGCUCGAUGAACUUGAUGUCGGCCGAAGAUAGCGACGGAGACACGGGGGAACAGAAGGACACCGGUUGCCCAGAUGAAGGAUCGCUGGAAAUACUUCGCU